AAUAGCCACACAAGCCCACACGAAUCACACUCAGAGCAGACGAACCAGGACAGGGCGCUUAAUCGAGCUCCGCUCACACACGCAAACAUGGCGGACGACAAGGAUCCGUUCAGGCAGCUGAAGGAUCUAGCUCUGCUUAAGGGAAGGCUGGAUGACAUUCAGCGAAGAGUAGAUGAUGAGGUGCAAGCAGGACUUCCACAGGGUGGGAGUGUGCUGGGCUCUCCCUUCCUCAAGGGCUUUCUGGCUGGAUACAUCGUAGCGAAGCUGCGCUCUUCUGCCAUCAUGGGAGUAUUUGUGGGAACGUGCACAGGAAUCUACGCUGCUCAGAACUUUAAUGUGCCCAACGUCGAGCAUACCAUUAAGAGCUAUUUCAGCUCUUUUAGGAAAAGCAAAUAGAAUCAUGUAAACAACUUGCAGAAGAUAAUCAACAAAUCAUGCAUCUCGCAUUCCUUUUUCUUAUAACAACCUUCUAGGGAGCACUGUGUGAAAAUUUGGCAGUAUUUUGCAGUGCAAAAUGACUGGAAAGUGUUAAUAAUGGUAAGAGUGUAGUCAUACAUGGGAUAUUACUGGUCAAUAUGGAAAGAAUAUUAUGUUUUUUUGAUAUAUUGGCAGCUCAGAGGUUUCCAAAAAGUGUUGUAACUCAGCGAUCAUCAGGUGAUUUUUAGAACUAGUAUGGAUCACUUUUGUUACUUUUAUUUAUAAUUAUGCCUGUGGCCUGAUUUCUAAAGGGACCUGGAUGUAACACAUGCAGCUGCAGUGCUUUUAGGAAACUGAUCCCUGUCUCAAAGUUUGCUUUUAAGUCUUCUUCAGGUGCUUCAGAUAAUCAUUUGUUCAUCUGCUUCUUAUGGCUCUCUAACGUUCCUGUCAGCCUUUACAGAAUUCUGCACUACUGGGAGAUUGAAUUAUUCAGCAAGCCACCAGUGUUGAAUUGCUGCAAACUCAGCUCUGAUUUGUGCCUCUCUUUAUUCUAGUGGAGCCAAUAGGGUGAUGACCUGGCAUAUAAAUGCUGUGCAUGCUGUAUCAUCUUUCAAACAGCAUAUAAUGGUGCAAUGAAGUGCUUUUGCACAGUAGCCCUACUGGUUUUGUUAAUAUUGUAGCUAAUAAAGCAGCCAUCAAAUGGCAAAGAUUUGUAUUAAAGUUUAUCAGGGAUCAAAAAUAUUGACUGCCAUGCAGUUAAUGAUUAACUCUGUGCUAAACUGUGCCUUGACAGUGCAAAGUGCCCCAUCUCAAUUAUCUCAAAAUAAAAAAACAAGCACUCUUUAUCUUUAUUAUUGUUAUUUUUGUUCUUGCCAAGCUGUAGGUGCAAGCUAUUUUGUCUCAAACAAUGCCAUUUUUUGUAACUGUAACUUUUUAGCACUCUUUUGAUGUUAAUGUAGGUUCUCUUCUUUUAUGGGUUCUGUUACGUCAUGUUUAUGCUUUGUACAUCAAAAGCAUUUAUUUCACAGUAAGACUUUAUAUUGUGUUUUCAAUGCAUAAAAGAUGCUCUGGCUUUCUUGAUUUGCUUCACUGUCUUGCACAAAUCUUCUAUUGCAAAGAAAAAAUCAGUCAUUGUAAAAAGAGUUUAUUCCAAGUCACAAUUGGAGCCUUUUUAUUAGAUUUGGACACAAGAAAAAGCUGCUGUAUAAUGCAAAGCUGGUGUGAUUUCGUCUCAGUUGUUAAUCAAGAUGUAUUGUCAACAUAUAUUAAAUGCAUGCUGAGUAUAUUACUUUUUUCUUCCAGUAUUGUGACAUGUUACUGAAUACAUUUGGCAUGGCAUAUUCAGUAUUUAGCCAUCACUACUACAAAGUAUUCUGUACAAUUCUGUUUAACUAUAUACGGAAGGUACAAAUUUAAAAAAUUUACUUCAUAUGGAUUUGGAAAGAAGCACAAACCUUUUUUCCAUGAAUACAUAAAAAGACGCACAUUGUCAUUUAUUAUAUACCUCCAUAGCAGUGUUUGUGCAUGCUGCAUUUGAGACCAAAGAGUUCACUGACAUUAAAUAAAGAGGUUUUAGAUGGAA